CCAACUCUGACAUGCAGGCUUUUAAAGUUGCUUCAUUUCUCAAUUUUCAGAUAGAGGUGCACAGGCAGCAACGGGUUACUUUGGACAGCAUCACCUCACCUCACAAAGGCUCUUCUCAGUAACACCCCCCUCCAUAAGAACAAAAUGGGCGACCCAUGGUUAAGUGCAUACGACGCUGCUCUUCGAGUGGCAAGAAAAGCUGGAGCGGUAAUCAGAGAUGCUGGGGAGAAGGAGAUAAAGGUCUGCACAAAAAGCUCCACUGUUGACCUCGUCACUAAAACCGACGAGAGGGUGGAGAAAAUCAUCAUCGGGGCUCUUAGAGAACAAUUUCCCGAUCACUGUUUCAUUGGAGAGGAGUCAGUCGCUAAGGGGGAGCCGUGUAACUUAACUGACAAACCGACAUGGAUCAUCGACCCCGUGGACGGCACCACCAACUUUGUUCAUGGAUUCCCCUUCGUGGCCGUAUCCAUUGCCUUCGCUGUCAAUAAGGAGUUGGAGUUCGGUGUGGUGUACAGCUGCUUGGAAAACAAGAUGUACAGAGGCCGAAACGGGAAGGGUGCUUUCUGUGACGACGAAAAAAUUGAAGUGUCAGAUGUAAAAGAUAUCCACAAGUCCAUUAUUAUCUCUGAACACGGAACCGACAGGAGCUGCGAAAAAGUUGAAAAAAUCUUCUCCACCAUGAAGAAGAUCCUUUGCAUCCCAGUGCAUGGGCUCCGUGGGUCAGGAACAGCUGCCACUAACAUGUGUUUGGUGGCGUGCGGGGCAGUGGAGGCCUUCUUUGAGAUUGGGAUCCACUGCUGGGACAUCGCUGCAGGAGCGGUUAUAGUGAAAGAAGCCGGAGGAGUACUACUGGAUGUUAAUGGGGGACCGUUCGACUUGAUGUCUCGGAGGAUGGUUUCAGCCAACAACAUGGUCAUUGCCGAGCGGAUCAUCAAGGAAAUUGAAAUUUUCCCAGCGGACAGGGACGACGCUCCCAUUAAAAAAAUAACCAAAUUCUGUAAAAAAUGAAGGACAAAAAGAGAGAAAGCUCGCUAUAUUGUCCUAAAUAAAGUUUAUGUGCUAUAAUCACC